AUGCGGUCGUCAACAAUAUUAUCGUUUAUUUGCGCCUUCGUUUCCUUCGCGCCCACGGUGGCCGCCAUCAAACUUCUGCAAUCCACAUCGCUCACCUCGUGCAUGGACACCACCAACUUCACUGCUUCUCUCUUCAACGUUAGGUUUACUCCCGACAACCAAUCACUUUAUAUCGAUAUCGAUGCCUACUCUUCCAUCUCCGGAAAUGUCACAGCUGAACUAGAGGUUAUUGCCUACGGCUUCACCGCCAUGAAACAAUCACUGGACCCCUGUAAAAUGAAAACCCAGGGUUUUGGCGGCUUGUGUCCAAUGCAGAAGGGCCCGUUGAACUUUACCCCUACUAUAACUGUUGAUAGUGAUGUGAUCAAGCGGAUUCCCUCAAUUGCCUACACUGUUCCCGAUCUGGAUGGUCAAGUCAGAAUCCUUAUCAACUCCACAGACACCGGCCAAACUAUCGCCUGUCUAGAAGCCAAUCUUUCCAAUGCCCAGACUGUCUUCCAAAAGGGUGUCGAAUGGGCUCUCGCUGUCAUCGCAGGCCUCGGUCUCGUCGCCUCGGCCAUCACCUCCGGUCUAGGUCACUCGAACACUGCCGCUCACGUUGCUGCCAACGCUCUGUCCCUUUUCGGCUUCUUCCAGGCUCAAGCCAUGAUUGGCGCCACUUCUGUUCACAUGCCGCCCAUUGUCGAAUCCUGGACUCAAAAUUUCCAGUGGAGUUUCGGCAUCAUUCAUGUUACUUUCAUCGAGACCAUCGCUACUUGGUAUCAGCGCGCUACCGGAGGAACGCCUUCUACCCUACUAUCAACCGUCCGUACCACUUCUAUCCUGGUUGAGAAGCGUUGGAUUAAAGACAGUUUCGAUAUGCUCCGAAGGAGUCUGGACUACCUAUCCGAAAGAGAUGAUACCACCGUGUCCGAAAGCACGACAGAAACUAUUUCGGGAUUGACUCGUGUCGCAUUCAAAGCAAACAUGGAGGUGACAAAUGUCUUCUUGACCGGUCUGAUCUGGUUUAGUGUCUUCGUUGCCCUUGUUAUCAUAGGCGUCGCUGCUUUCAAAGGUAUCUGCGAGCUCUUGGUAAAGCAUGGAAAGAUGUCGGGCGACAAGUUCCAGGACUUCCGCAAUGGGUGGAAGGUCAUCAUGCGGGGCAUCCUUUUCCGUUUGAUCCUGAUCGGCUGGGCUCAGAUGUGUGUGCUCUGCUUGUGGGAAUUUACUGUUCGCGAUUCGGCAGCCGAAAUGGUAUUGGCCAUCAUCAUGUUCUUCUCCAUGCUAGGCGUUCUCGGAUGGGCAUCUUUCAAGGUGAUCCAACUUGCAAAACGCUCUAUUGCCAUGCACAAGAACCCCGCCUACAUCUUGUACUCCGACCCAACCUGUCUCAACAAAUGGGGUUUUCUCUACGUGCAAUACAGAGCCACUGCUUACUAUUUCGUCAUUCCCGUACUCGGUUAUCUGCUCAUCAAGGGCAUGUUCAUUGCCUUUGCGCAAAAUAAGCCAGUUGUUCAGGCUGUUGCCUUGCUGAUCAUCGAAGCCGCCUUCUUGGUUGCUGUCCUUGUUAUCCGCCCGUGGAUGGACAAAAAGACGAAUAUUUUCAACAUUUCCAUUGCUGCGGUCAAUUUUUUGAACGCCAUUUUCUUGCUUGUUUUCAGUAAUGUCUUCAACCAACCAGGUAUGGUUACUGGUGUAAUGGGCGUGGUGUUCUUCGUUAUCAACGUGAUAUUUGCUUUUGUGCUUCUGAUUUUGGUCUUGAUCGCUUCGAUUUACGCCAUGGUUUCGAAGAACCCGGACAUGCGCUAUCAGCCCAUGAGAGAUGAUCGUGCCUCCUUCAUCAAGUCAAACACCGAGCUCAACACUGAGCUUGACGCUUUAGCCAACACGGCUCGCGGCGGCGAAAUGGAACAUAAAUCAACCGCAUACCAUCCCACAUACGAAGACGAGUCGAAUUCGUUUUCCAGCGGCAACGGCGCCAGCAUCAACAACGGCCGAAACCAUCACGAUGGGAAUCGGGUACCACCAUCCCCAGUCGACCCGUCCGUGCCGCUGUUCCCCAGCAGCCACGGACCACCUCCAUCGUACGACUCGAAUGGAUACAGCGACAUUGCCCGAAGCGGGUCGCCCGCGCAUAUGGGCGACUUCAACCCCUCCGCAGCGCUUGCGGCACACAAUUUCAGACAGCAAAACAACUCAAGUCCUUGGCAACGAGGAGCUGGUUACGACCAUUAG